AUGGUAAUCUACACACCUAGCCGAUCUGACACCACCUUUAGUGGCUCUUCCAAGAUGAAGCUUGUUUAUUUCAGCAAUGAGUUCCCACAUGACGACUUGCAGGGUCUGCUUCGCGGACUUCACCAGCACAGCAAGGACAGGCGACAUCCUAUCCUCGCCCGAUUCCUGGAGGAAGCCACACUCGCCAUUCGUGACGAAGUACGACAACUACCUACCUCUUUGAAAGCGUUGAUCCCACCUUUCGAGAACAUCUUGCACUUUGCAGAUUUCGCCGACCUUCGCAAGGGUCAGCUUUGUGGUUCCAUCGAUGGUAUUCUCCUCUGCACCGUCGAGCUGGGAACACUCAUUGGAUACUAUGAGAAUUCUCCGGAGGCCUUCGACUUUGAUACCGUCAGCACCUCUCUCGCUGGCCUGGGGAUCGGGCUCUUGGCCACGGCAGCGGUCUCCUUAGCUCCCACUGUGGCAGACAUCCCGCUUGCUGGCGCUCAGGUUGUGCGACAGGCCUUCCGCCUUGGUGUCCUGGUUGAUGAAGUCUCGCAAAAUCUGCAGCCUCGUGACUUGACAGACACGAGCACACCGGACACUUGGGCUUACGUGCUGCCAGAUGUGGCUGCAGAUGACGUCCAACAGGAGCUCAACGCGAUCCACGCAAAGGAGAAAACGCCGGAAGCCAGCAAGGUCUUUAUCAGCGCACUUAGUGCGACUUCGGUAACCGUUAGCGGUCCACCAGCAAGACUCAAGGGCAUUUUCCGCACUGCCGAUUUCUUCCGUGACCGAAAGUUCGUUGCUUUGCCGGUGUACGGAGGCUUGUGCCACGCAAAGCACAUAUACAACGAGGACAAUGUGCAUCAGGUUGUUCGGACGCGCUCGAUGGAGUUCCUGAACUCCAGACUCUCGCCACGGAUCCCCAUUCAUUCAACCAGCACGGGAAGACCCUUCCCGGCAACGAACGCGACCGAUUUAUUCGAGCACAUCAUCAGGGAAAUCCUCACCCAGGCUAUCCAAUGGGAUAGCGUGAUCCAAGGUGUGAUUCAAAGAGCCCACGACAUUGCGGCAUCUCAGUGCGAAGUGCUUGUUUUCCGCAUCUCUCUUCCCAUCCAUGACCUCUCCGCCGCCUUGAAAACACUCCCAGAUUUCGAACCAUCGACCGAGGAGCUCAUCCCCUGGAUUCACGAGAAGACGACUCCAGAUGGAGGACCGAGAGGGCCAAUGCAAUCUAAGAUCGCCAUCGUUGGCAUGUCAUGCAGGAUGCCUGGCGGAGCGACCGACACGGAGAAAUUCUGGGAGCUGCUGGAAAGCGGGAUGGAUGUGCACAGGAAGAUUCCGGCCGAUCGAUUUGAUGUCGACUCCCAUUACGAUCCUGCUGGAAAGAGGAUCAAUACCAGCCAUACACCAUACGGUUGCUUCAUCGACGAGCCGGGCCUGUUCGAUGCGCCGUUCUUCAACAUGUCGCCCCGCGAAGCACAGCAAACCGAUCCCAUGCAGCGACUUGCCUUGGUCACCGCGUACGAGGCGCUCGAGAGAGCGGGCUACGUCGCCAACCGGACCGCUGCCACCGACUUGCACCGCAUUGGGACCUUUUAUGGCCAGGCCAGUGACGACUACCGUGAAGUGAACACGGCGCAGGAGAUUAGCACGUACUUCAUUCCAGGGGGUUGUCGUGCGUUCGGCCCUGGCCGAAUCAACUAUUUUUUCAAGUUCUCGGGGCCGAGCUACAGCAUUGACACCGCAUGUUCCUCGAGUUUGGCGACCAUCCAGAUUGCUUGCACCUCUCUCUGGAAUGGAGACACAGACACCGUCGUGGCUGGUGGCAUGAAUGUGUUGACCAAUUCAGACGCGUUCGCUGGCCUCAGCCAUGGCCACUUCCUGUCCAAGACGCCCAAUGCGUGCAAGACGUGGGACUGCGAAGCGGACGGUUAUUGCCGUGCCGACGCCGUUGGAUCCAUCGUCAUGAAGCGCCUUGAGGAUGCCGAAGCCGAUAACGACAAUAUCUUGGGGGUGAUUCUUGCGGCGGGGACCAACCAUUCGGCUGAGGCUAUCUCAAUUACCCACCCACACGCGGGCCAUCAGGCGUACUUGGGCAAGCAGGUUCUGCACAGAGCAGGAAUUGACCCGCUCGAUGUUAGCUUUGUCGAGAUGCACGGCACAGGCACUCAGGCCGGUGACGCAGAGGAGAUCCAGUCGGUGACGAAUGUGUUUGCGCCCCUCACGAAGCGCCGCAGCACUAAGAACCCGCUCUACAUUGGCGCUGUGAAGUCGAAUGUUGGCCACAGCGAGGCUGCCGCCGGCGUUACGGCCCUGCUAAAAGUCCUCCUUAUGCUUCAGAAAAACGCCAUUCCGCCACACGUCGGCAUCAAGAACAGCCUCAACCCGAAGUUCCCCAAGGACAUGGACAAGCGCAACGUUCGCAUCCCGUACGAGAAAACGGAGUGGCCGUCCGUGCCAGGGAAGAAGCGGGUUGCUGUCGUGAACAACUUUAGCGCUGCGGGAGGCAACACGAGCCUUGCGAUUGAAGAAGGGCCGGUGCGGGAGGUGACUGAGACAGACCCUCGUUCCACACAUGUCGUCGCUCUGUCGGCCAAGAGCAAGAUUUCGCUCAAAGGGAACAUCGAAAGGCUGCUUGGCUAUCUGGACAAGAAUCCAGAUGUCUCGCUGGCACAUCUCUCCUACUCCACCACGGCUCGCCGCUACCACCACAACCACCGGGUGGCCAUUGUCGCUUCUGACCUCGCGCAGGUGAAGAAACAACUUACAUCCGCCCUCGGAUCCGUCGACUCACACAAGCCCAUCCCCACCACGGGGCCACCGCCAGUUGCCUUCAGCUUCACGGGCCAGGGAGCAUCCCACAAGUCCUCCAAUUUGGAUCUGUUCCACCACUCUCCACAGUUCCGAUCGCAAAUCCUGCACUUGGAUACGCUUGCACAAGGCCAGGGCUUCCCGUCCUUUGUUUCCGCGGUGGACGGGAGUCAUCCACAAGACUAUGAACAUUCGCCAGUCAUCACGCAUCUUGCUCUGGUCUGCACAGAGAUCGCUCUCGCCAAGUACUGGGCCUCCUUGGGUGUGAGGCCUGACGUUGUCAUCGGACAUAGCUUGGGCGAGUAUGCGGCGCUGCAUGUCGCCGGUGUUCUUUCCGCCAGUGACACCAUCUUCCUCGUUGGCCAGAGAGCAAGGAUGCUUGAGCAGAAGUGCAAGGUGGGCAGCCACAAGAUGGUGGCUGUGCGGGCCUCCCUUGCUCAGGUCCAAAAGAGUGCUGGCGACAAACCGUACGAGAUCGCCUGUAUCAAUGGUCCCAAUGACACCGUGCUCAGCGGCCCUGUCACGGACAUGGAUGCUAUCAUCCCUGUCCUUGAAGCGGACGGCUUCAAGUGUUUCAGCCUCGAUGUCGCUUUUGCAUUCCACUCGGCACAAACCGACCCCAUUCUCGACGAAUUCGAGGCGAUUGCAAACAGCGGUGUUCUCUUCCAGGCACCACAUCUGCCUGUCAUCUCGCCUCUACUGAGCAAGGUCAUCUUCGACGAGAAGACUGUGAAUGCCAACUACAUGCGUCGGGCCACUCGUGAGACCGUCAACUUCCUGUCGGCCUUGGAAACAGCACACAAGAUUGGAACCAUCGAUGACGAGACGGCAUGGAUCGAAAUUGGACCUCAUCCCGUCGGCAUGGGCUUCGUCAAGUCUACUCUCUCGCCCGUCAACGUCGCCGUCCCCUCGCUCCGCAGAGGCGAGAACAACUGGAAGACCAUGGCGCAGAGUCUUGCGACCCUGCAUGGCGCCGGCGUGCAGGUUGGCUGGAAUGAGUUCCACCGCCCAUUCGAGCAGGGAUUGCGGCUCCUGGAUCUGCCCACGUAUGCGUGGAAUGACAAGACUUACUGGAUCCAGUACAACGGCGACUGGGCUCUGACCAAAGGCAACACCUUCUACGACGCUGAAAAGGGACUCAACAAGGCUCAAAUUGCGCCGCCUGAGCCCAAGUCCAGUCUCAGCACGACAACGGUUCAGCAGAUUAUUGAGCAAGACCUCAAUGGAACCGCGGGCAUGGUGGUCAUGCAGUCCGAUCUGAGGCAAGUAGACUUCCGCGCUGCCGCUUACGGACACAAGAUGAACGGGUGUGGUGUGGUGACAUCGUCUAUCCAUGCCGACAUCGCAUACACGCUUGGCGAGUAUCUGUACAAGUUACUCAAGCCCGGCAGCAAAGAAGUUCACAUGAACAUUGCUAGCCUGGAGGUUCUCAAAGGCCUUGUCGCAAACAGCAAGCCGGAGACACCUCAGCUCAUCCAAGUCUCGCUGGCCACCGACGACAUUGAAUCCAACACGGCCGAGCUGAAAUGGUACAACGUGCAGGCCGACGGCACCGUCGACGAACCCUUCGCCAGCGCGACCCUCUUCUACGGCAACCCCGCCGAAUGGCUUGCCUCGUGGGUCCCCACCACCCAUCUCAUCCAAGGCCGCAUCCAAGAGCUCGAGCGGCUGGCCGAGUCGGGCAUUGCCAACCGCUUCACACACAACAUGGCGUACCUCCUCUUUGCCAACAACCUGGUCGACUAUGCCGAGAAGUACCGGGGUAUCCAGUCGGUGGUGCUCCACGGCUUGGAAGCCUUCGCUGACGUGGUACUCACGACGGAGAAGGGCGGCAGUUGGACCGUGCCGCCUUAUUUCAUCGAUAGCGUUGCACAUUUGGCAGGCUUCAUCAUGAACGUGUCAGACGCCAUCGACACCAAGAACAACUACUGCACCACGCCGGGCUGGCGCGUGUAG